UAAUCUGAGUGUCUUGAUCUCUUUAGUCCUCAUGUCUAAGGAUUAAGUAGAGGAUCUACAGUACUGGGGGGGAUCUGGUCUUUCUACAGGUCUCUAUAUGAGAGAGGAGUCACCCACCUGUCUUGUAGAUCUGGACUGAUGUCUUUUACAAUGGUGCGUACAGCUCCCCCAAGCCGCUUCCUUUUCUCCGACAUAAGCAUGAUGUCAGAGGACGAGGACGAGGAGAACGGCGGCAGCGAGAGCUCGGGCUCCGACUCCCAGAAGUCCUCCUUCCGUCUCAAUGGCGGCUCCAACGGGUUUCAGAUCAAGGUGGGAAGCAGGAAGAGGAAGUUCUGCGGAGUUGCCGGGAGGCUGGCGGGGCCCCCGAUGGUGGCAGGGGCCCCGGUGGUGGAGGUGCGGCAGCGGAACGUGGCAAACGCUCGAGAGAGGGACCGCACCAACAGCGUGAACACGGCCUUCACUGCCCUGAGGACCCUCAUCCCCACAGAGCCAGCCAACAGGAAGCUGUCCAAGAUCGAGACUCUGCGGCUGGCGUCCAGCUACAUCUCCCACCUGGGUAAUGUGCUGCUGGUGGGCGAGGCGUGUGGGGAUGGGCAGCCGUGCCACACCUCCACACCCCCAUUCCACCACCACACCCUCCACAGUCUCAGCCCCUCGCCCGGCCAGGGCUCAGAGAACCAGCCCAAACACAUCUGUACUUUCUGCCUCAGCAAGCAGAGGAAAAUGGUGAGUGCCACUGGAGGGGCAGAGCUACUGUAUGACUGA